AUGGCCGAUACCAGAAGACCCAAACCCAAACCCAAAUCCAAAGAGCCAUUCUACGCCGUCUCCCCCCUCUGGAAGGAUGUCAUCCCCGUGCCCCUCAUCGACGGGCCCCCAGGCCAAAAAGACCCUGGCCCAGCGCUCGCCACGAUCGCCUACUCGCCCCGCUACAGCGAGGCCAUGUCCUACCUGAGAGCUGUAAUGGCGAUCAACGAAUUCAGCCGCCGCGCACUCGACCUGACGGAGGACAUCAUCGGGAUGAACCCGGCACAUUACACCGUGUGGCUCUACCGGGCCAAGAUCCUGAAGACGCUAUGGCAGGAAGAGGGGAUGACAGUCGAAGACGGGGUCACGACGGAACUGGACUGGCUGGAGGGCAUCAGCGAGCGGAAUCUGAAGAAUUAUCAGAUAUGGCACCACCGCCAAACCCUAAUAUCGCUCCUCGAGACCCUGCCACCCACAGAGCCGGCCUUCCUCGCACACAUCCUCUCCUUCGACGCCAAGAACUACCACGUCUGGACGUACCGGCAGUGGCUGUGCCGCCGGUUCCCGGACCCCUUGUUAGUCACAGACAUGGAGCUGCGCGCGGUCGACGCGCUCAUCGACGACGACGUGCGCAACAACUCGGCGUGGAAUCAUCGGUAUUUUGUCGUCUUUGGCGUCGAGGAACUGCGCACCAUCGAGGCCUCUGCCACAAAAAUCCGCAAGGAGGUCCUCGCCAGUGGCAGCCUCGUGGUCGAUCUCGACGUGGCCGACCGCGAGAUCAACUAUGCCAAGGACCACAUCGCGUGGGCGCCGCAGAACGCGUCGGCGUGGAAUUAUCUAAGGGGCGUGCUCACUAGGGCGGGCAUGCCCAUCACAGAGAUGCGGGUGUUUUGCGAGGGGUUCGUGGGUGGCAGGGGGGCGAAUCUGAUGAGCGAGGGUGGUACCAUAAGGAGUAGUCAUGCGAUCGAUUGGUUGGCGGACAUUUAUCGGCUCGAGGGCGACGUAAAGCGGAGUAGAGAGUGUCUUGACGCUUUGGCGAGGAAGUGGGAUCCCAUUCGCAGGAAGUAUUGGGAGUACAGGGCACGGCAGCUGGAGGGGGAGGCCACAAAGUGA